CAAGUGAAAUGAGGAGAGCAGUUGAGUGGUUUAGUACGAGCGGACUGGGUCAUCCAAGGUGGAGGGACACGGGCGGAAAUAAAUAAAAUAAUUAAAGAAAUAGACAAAUUCCAAUAAAGCGUGGGGCGUUGUCCUCGUGACCACCAUGUCCCAAUUGAGUCCCCUUCUCCCCCUACAACUCCAAUAAUACACACGCGGUGGAGGCGUUUUCCGGCGGCCAAUGACUGCUUGUGGUUCAUCGACGGGGCGCCAGCCCACCUGGAAGGAGAGGGAGAACAACAAGCGAAGAGAGCGCCGGAGGAGAGCCGUCGCCGCCAAGAUCUACACCGGUCUCCGAGCUCAGGGGAAUUACAGGCUCCCCAAGCACUGCGACAACAAUGAAGUGCUCAAGGCUCUCUGCCGCGAAGCUGGUUGGGUUGUCGAGGAGGAUGGAACCACUUAUCGCAAGGGAUGUAAGCCACCGCAAGGUGAUACUCCGAUGAUUUCUGCGAGUAACAGUUUAUGUUCAUCAAUGCAACCAAGCCCGAAUUCUUCAGCAUUCCCCAGUCCUAUACCUUCUUAUCAAGCUAGCCCGACAUCUUCAUCCUUUCCAAGUCCAUCGCGCUGUGAUGGAAACCCGACCUCUUACAUUUUACCUUUCCUUCACAACUUGGCAAUCCCCUCCGCCCUUCCUCCUUUACGUAUAUCCAAUAGUGCUCCUGUUACGCCACCUCUCUCGUCUCCUACUAGAAACUCAAAGCCUAAGGUUCAUUGGGAAUCUAUACCCACAGGUCCACUGAAUUCUUUUGUACCCUCUAUGUUUGCUGCCUCCGCCCCCUCUAGCCCUACUCGUCGUAGACGUUUUGCACCUGCCCCAAUUCCAGAAUGCGAUGAGUCCGAUAUCUCUGUAGCUAAUACCGCACGCUGGGUUAACUUCCAGACAGGUUCAUCCUCAGUUGCUCCCACUUCCCCCACUUAUAAUCUUGUGAAACCCGUGCCUCAGCAAACUUGCCUUCAUGAGGGUCAAAUUGGGUGGGGAGCAGCGGCAAAGAGGACACGAGGCUCUGAUUUUGAGUUUGCAAGUGCAGUGAAGGCAUGGGAAGGUGAAAAGAUUCAUGAAGUAGGAAUGGAUGAUUUGGAGCUAACACUUGGGAGCGGAAAACCGAACUCUUAAUCUCCCACUGGCACUGCCCCUAAAUAGAUAAGCUACAGAAGAAACAAUGUGUCUUCUUCAUCUGCAAAUUACUGAUUUGAUCAACUAUCAUAGUCAGAGAUAUGACAUGGUACUUGGAUAUCUAAAUCUUUUCGCCUCAACUUCACAAAUCAUGUUCACAGGCAACAUUCUCGAGGAAACAGGAAGAUGACUCUGGAAGGUAUUUAGAAUUGUGUCUUAGACAGUUUCUGGUCCUGGGGCAAGAGGAAAUCUGGUUUAGACGUCCAUAGCACACGCUCAGAAAACGUAAGAUAGGAGGUACACUCAUCAAUCAGGUCGAUUGCCUCUGUAAAAAGAAACAGGUGUUUGAAAAAGUGAUUUAUUCUGAUUGCUGAAUGGUUGAUGGUCAUCUACAUCAUGGGCCACGACCACCAGUUGAAGGCAGAAGACAUUUUAGAGAGUUUUAAAUAGGUCUACAUUCUUGAAUUUGUGCAGCUAAUUGCAUUUCUUCUACAUUCACGUAUGUAAUGUUUCUGGCGUAGUUUUGCAGGCAACCGGUGUAUCUAUCAUCUCUGUGUUUGGUUCUACUGUCACACCCACUUCAUUUGAAAACUUUGUAAUUGUUGUCAUUAUUUAAUUCAGGUAUACAAAGUAUUUCACAAAA